ACACACACACACACAAAAGGACACAUCGGCUUUACCCACAGUCAGUCUGUGUUGGGUUUUACAAGACGGGAUGCCCCCGAAAGGACCCCAGCUGAGCGGACUGCAACAAGUGGCUUCGGCCCAAUGACAUUUUGGGAUGGAGGUGUGCAAGUUGAGGGGACUGGCAUGGAUCCUCCUCCUGCUAUGGUCUCUACCACACUGGACAACCGCGCAGAGGCGCAACGGACGCAGGAAUAACUACAAGCUGUAUGAGGACGGACCAAAUGGAGGUCGCCCAUGCUCCUUGGAGGUGGUCUUCAUCCUGGACAGCUCAGAAAGUGCCAAGAUCGGCCUGUUUGAGAAGCAGAAGGCGUUCGUGCUGGGCUUCAGUACGCGUCUGUCCAUGCUGCAGGUCGCCGGCUGGACGCUGAGCGUGCGAAUGGCGGCCUUGCAGUACAGCAGCUCCGUGUCCAUGGAGCAGCGCUUCUCGGCAUGGACUGACCUGGAUUCCUUCCACGGUCGAGUCAGCGUCAUGAGCUACAUCGGCCACGGUACGUACACGACCUACGCUAUCGGAAACGCGACGGAGCUGCUGGUGAAGGAGACCCCCGACGACAGCGUCCGUGUGGCCGUGCUGAUGACGGACGGCGCGGACCACCCGCGGAACCCCGACGUGUUGGCGGCCGCCAUCAAGGCCAAGGAGCACGGCGUGAAGAUGUUUGCGGUGGGGCUAUCGCACAUCGCCCGGCAGGGGGCCAACAGCGCCAAGUUGAGGGCCGUUGCCAGCGCGCCGGCUCAACAGUUUGUGCAAAGUCUUCAAGACCCUCAGCUGGAGCAGCGGCUGCUUAAAGAGAUGGGCUCAGUCGUACUACAAGAGUGUCCUGAAACACAGGUGUGUUUGUGUGAAGGUGGACAGCCAGGCCCACCAGGCGCUCAGGGCCGAAAAGGAGAUCCAGGUUUCAGAGGGCCGCCUGGUCCCAAAGGAGCAAGGGGGGAGCCCGGUGAGGACGGUCAACCAGGAAGUGGUGGCCCUGAGGGACGUCCGGGUUUCAAAGGUAGCAAGGGGGACAGAGGAGAAUGUGGAGCUCCCGGUGUGAAAGGUGACCCGGGUUUGGAAGGGCCUAUUGGACCGCAAGGACCAAAAGGAAAACAGGGUGAGAUGGGACCACCUGGAGACAUUGGACCCGAGGGACCGACCGGACAAAAAGGAGACAGAGGGCCAAGUGGGAAUGCUGGACCACCAGGGGACUUUGGGAUUGGCUUCCCAGGAGCCAAGGGAGAAAAAGGCAACCAGGGAAGGCCUGGACCAACUGGUCUCGUUGGUGUCGGAGAACCGGGACUACCGGGUCCUCUAGGACCACCCGGAACUCGAGGCAACCCGGGACCGCCUGGAGAGGGCUUGCCAGGACCCAAGGGAGAUCGAGGAUUUGAAGGACCCCGGGGCAAUCGUGGGCUACCUGGCAUCGGGUUCAAAGGUGACAAGGGCAGUGUCGGCCCAACUGGCUUGCCAGGUCCAGUUGGAGCUUCUGGUGUCGGACUCCAAGGAGAAAAGGGUGAUCAAGGCCCACCUGGACCCUCAGGCCUCAGAGGAGGUCCGGGCGUGGGAUUUGCGGGCCCUAAGGGAAAUCAGGGAUUUCCUGGAGUACCAGGACCCCCUGGGGAAAGAGGUGUGGGAGUGCCAGGUCCAAAAGGGGACGUGGGGUCUGAGGGACUACCAGGCAUACCUGGUCAGCCGGGAGAAGACGGAACCCCGGGACAAAAGGGUGACAUCGGGUUUCCAGGGCCCAGGGGACCAGACGGCAGUCCUGGUAAAGGUGCCCCUGGAGAGAAGGGAGUCAGAGGGGACCGAGGGUCCAGAGGUCAGCCAGGUGCUGUGGGUCCUGUGGGACCAGUGGGAGCCAAAGGCGAUCCGGGAUUUAUCGGGCCACCCGGUGCACCUGGACAACCUGGGAGGGGGCUACCUGGUGCGAAGGGAGAUCCAGGCCCACAAGGUCUCGCUGGAGCUGUGGGGGAACCGGGGCGGGGUAUAACUGGACCCAAGGGUGACAGAGGGCCUCCAGGAUCUUCGGGGUUGCCUGGAGGUAAAGGUGAAGACUUUCCGGGCCCUCCGGGUCCUCCGGGAGUUCCUGGCUUGCCAGGAGAGACCGGAGCAGAUGGUGUUGGCCUACCUGGGGCAAAGGGAGACAGAGGCCUGCCUGGACUUUCUGGACCCGCAGGACCACCAGGAAUUGGGCUCCAAGGGCCAAAGGGUUCCAUUGGCAUGAUAGGACCUCCAGGUCCACAAGGAUCCCCAGGAGAGGGCAUCCAAGGGCAAAAGGGGGAGCCUGGAUUUCAGGGGAUCCCUGGCUCGAGGGGUCCUGCUGGAGUUGGACUACAGGGUGAUAAGGGUGACCGAGGGUCUGCUGGUGAGAAAGGGAAAAAGGGAGACAGAGGGGCAACUGGAGAACCAGGACUUAGUGGACCUUUGGGUAGAGUCGGACAAAAAGGAGAACCUGGACUUACGAGGGAAGAAGUCAUCAAAAUCGUCCGAUCCAUGUGCAAUUGUGGGGUAACAUGCCGGCAGAGCCCCCUGGAGCUGGUCUUUGUCAUCGACAGCUCGGAGAGCGUGGGGCCUGACAACUUCGAGGUCGUCAAGGAUUUCGUGAGCGCUCUGGUGGACCGAGCAUCAGUGAGCCGAGAAACUACCCGAGUGGGCGUGGUGCUCUACAGCCACAUCAACGUGGUGGUAGUCAGCCUCAGCCAGGAUGCAUCUCGGGAUCAGGUGAAGGCAGCAGUGCGCUCGAUGACGUACCUGGGCGAAGGCACAUUCACGGGCAGCGCCAUCCACCAGGCCAACAGGCUGUUUCGGGUGGCUCGGCCAGGAGUCAGAAAGGUGGCCGUGGUUAUCACCGAUGGCCAGGCCGACAAGAGGGACUCGGUUAGUCUUGAGAACGUGGUGAGGGAGGCCCGAGUGGGUGACAUUGAGAUGUUUGUGAUCGGGGUGGUGAACACCAGCGACCCCUUUUUUAGCGAGUUCAAGAAGGAGCUGGACCUCAUGGCUUCAGAACCGGAUGCAGACCACGUGUACCUCAUAGACGACUUCAAAACGCUACCAGCCCUGGAGAAGAAACUCUUGAGCCAUAUCUGCGAAGACAGUAGUAGCGUUCUCUUUCGCUCUAUCCCGGGUGGUGGACUUUCUCCGAGCCGUCCCGAGGUCUCCGGUCGUGACAUCCGGCUGCCUCCCCAGACCAGGACGGACAUGGACACCCCCACCUUUUCGGGAGACUUUCGCAGGAUUCAAGUGACGCCACGCCCACCACCAUAUUAUCCUGACAGACAAACGACCACUCCGAGACCAAAAACGGAAGACUGGAGUUCAUCGGACGCGCAGAGACUUCCGUUCCUUGACAGACAAUCUUUGAGACCGGAUGGCAGGGCCCCCACUCGACCCUCGUUAAAGGUGGGGCCUACCACUCCCACCGUCAAAAUGCCGGCAGGAGCUCCACAAAUCACCCCAGAGCUCUGCCGUGCGCCGUUGGACCCGGGUCCGUGUCGAGACUACGUGGUGCGCUGGUACUAUGACUCUGAGGCCAAUGCCUGUGCUCAGUUCUGGUUUGGAGGUUGCCACGGCAACGCUAACCAGUUUGACACUGAGAGGAGAUGCAAACAAACCUGUGUGCGGGUCUAACCUCAACUAUAUACUAUACUGUAUAUGUCAUCAUCAUCAUCUUAAUAAUGUUCUUGGUAAAGGUGCUCCCAUGUUCAAAAAGGAUUAGUCAUGACAUUUGAGUUGUUAUGAAACAGGAU